AACCUAACUUGGUUGUCAUUUGGCUGCAGGAUGGUGUUGCUGGCUGUCGUUAGGUCGAGCAUUUCAACAAAUAAACGCUUGUUCCGUACAUCCGCAACGAAUUUAACUGGAUUUAAGAAGUGGUACCGUGGCUUGUGGGAACCGAAAAUGGUGGGACCACCGUAUUCCCACGUCACCCAAAUCGGGGAUCCAAUAUUGAGAAAGAAGUCUGAGCCAGUCCCGACCGAAGCCGUUAAAAGCAACGAAAUGAAUCUCCUCAUCGAGCAAAUGAUCGACGUCCUUCGCAAAUAUGAAUUGGUUGGAGUGGCGGCACCGCAAAUUGGAAUUGGCUUGCGUAUCAUUGCCAUGGAGUUUAGGGAAGAUUUAGUGAAAAAGUUUCCGCCUGCGGUGUAUGGGGCCCGGCAAAUGUCUCCGCUGCCAAUGACGGUAGUAAUAAACCCAAUACUCAAAGUAACCAAUUUCAACAAAGUCAAGUUUCCCGAAGGAUGCGCAAGCGUAAAAGGUUUUUCGGCAGAUGUUGAGAGGUACGAGGAAGUUAAUCUUAAAGGGGUGUCGCGAACCGGAGAGGAAAUAGAUUUAAAUUUAAAAGGUUGGAACGCAAGAAUUGCACAGCAUGAAAUGGAUCAUUUAGACGGAAAAAUCUACACAGACAUCAUGGAUCGGUCAACCUUCAACUGUACCUGCUGGGAGGCUAUAAACGCCCAUGAAGGACGAGUAGAGAUCCGGUUUACGCCAAAAUAGAUUUUUAUUGAAAGUUGAUUAGUUUGUAACAUACAAAUAAGCUAAAGUGAUUGGCUUUUAUUAGACGCAUUUUUAAAUAAAUUUUUUAAUAUUGUUA